AUUACCAGCAGAAAGGAGAGCACAAGAUAAAGUUCAUAGUGUACGGGACGGGCUACCUGCAGUAUGUGGUUCGACUCUUCCUGGAAAGCUUUAACAAACACUACAGAAUGGAAAAGACCAACACUAACGUAGACUGUCUACCAGAACCCCUACCUCUAUCUAUGUUUGAACUCUCCGCCAUUUUCUCGAUCUACUUCGUUAUCUGGGUUCUUCUCUACGUGGAAGCCUACGCUCUACGCAUGCGCAGAAUAAUUAGUGCAUUCUACUACAGACGUCUGGAAAAGAGACGAGUGCUCUACCUAUACAACGAUCUCUUGAAAAAGAGGGUUGGUCUUCUCCGACAUAUGAGGAAGAAAGUCAGAAAACUGGCGAAAGAGAAGAAACUAUCAGAGAAAACCAGCAUCCUGUACUCCCUGAAGAAGGACUAUCCCAGACUGUGCGGAUGUCUUCAGAUCUUCCAGUCCUCCAAAUCUUACUGUCUCAUCUGCAAGACGCCGGAAAUUCCCGGAAACUUCCACAACUGCAUAACGCCCGGGUGUAACUUCGGCUACUGCCGUCAGUGUUGGAAAGACGUCAGGCGGAAGUGCUACGCUUGCCUCGAGUCGUAUAACACGGACAGUGACGUCACAUCGGAGGAAAGCGAUUACACGGAUGAUGACGAACUGUUGGACUGACGUAUCAGGGCGUAACCAGAAUAACGGGUGGCGGGGUCAGGUGUGGGUGGGGUGGUCUAGCUAUAGUCUCUAGUUAUAUAUGUUUGCAAAUUCUUGUAUAUAUGUAUAUUUGUGCAUGUGUAUAGAUAUUUGCAUUUGUAAAAAUACAUGUGUAUAUGUUUAUCUCUCUCUCUCUCUCUCUCUCUCUCUCUCUCUCUCUCUCUCUCUCUCUCUCUCUCUCUCUCUCUCUCUCUGUGUGUGUGUAUUUGUGUGUGUUUAUAUAUUUGUGUGUGUGUGUGUAUAUAUUUUAUACGAUUGCCGAUUUGCUUUAUAAUAUACAAUUUUGAAUAAACGUAACAAUAUACCAAU